GAGCGCUUUAUAUAGCAAUAAGGCUGAGAAGAUACGAGAAGUGGUCCCAGUAGCCAGGUCAUGUUUUCUUCAGAGCCUCAAAAGAUAUAACGUCGAACGAGGCGUUUGUUUCCAACGGUCCAGUAUCUCUAGAGUAUGACUCGUCAACGGGCAGAGAGGCCACUCUUUCAUCAUCUCUCUCUCUCCACCCCCGAUAACUCAGUCCGCAAAACCAUGUCUCCCAUUCAGGAACCCAGCGUUCCUGCUCUCACGGAAAUGGAUCAAAGGGGGGACGUCGUCUUCGUCGUCGGAACGGCAGUCGACAACACCCCUGCCCGGAGCUUCCGCGUCUGUUCCCGGACAAUGGCACGCAUCUCCCCCGUCUUUGACCGCAUGCUACACGGCAACUUUGCCGAGUCUAAACCGACAGCACCGAGCUCCGAUCUCAUCAGCCUUUCAUCAUCCGGAAUCAACGGAACGACGACAUCGCCGGCGAAAGAUUGGAUCGUCCACCUUCGCGACGACAGGCCCGAGUCUUUUGACCUCCUCGCGAGCAUCGCUCACAGCCAGUUCCAGAGAAUACCGCGAGCCUUGUCGAUUGCUAAGCUUUACGAGUUGACGGUACUGACGCACUACUAUGAUGCAACUCCCGUGUUGUCGCCUUGGCUACAGACGUGGGUUUCGGGCAUCGCAGAGUCACCAGAAACGACGAGUAGUAGCAUCGCCGGACCCGAGGGAGAGCUUUUGAUGCCCAAAUUACUGUGGAUUUCGUGGGAGUUGGGUCAUAAGCAGCUCUUUGAGUCGACAGCACGGCGAAUGGUAAUGGAGAGUAGUGGAAAUUUGUUCGGUGACGAGAGCGGGCUUGGCGAUUUGAGUAUGCCACCGGACGUCAUCGAACGAAUCGCUGCCAUCAGGACGCAGACAAUUCAGUCCAUCAUGGACGUCUUCAGCACCCUGGCAGAGAAGCUUGUCAGCGUAGAUGAAGGGCCUCGGUGGUGCAGACAUGCGUCAUACAUGGGGCCGCACCGGUGCGAGAGCAUGAUACUUGGCAGCAUGACCUUUUGUCUCAUGAGGGCAAGUCUAUGGCCGAUUCCAGAGGCCGACGACAUCGACGAGAGCGUAUUGACGCUCUACUCGACACUGAUGAACCUGGUGAUCCACGAUAUUGGGCGGCCGUCGGAUAAGGGCGGCGUCGAUCACAGCGAGUGUAAUCCCAGGGGGUUUUUGAUGGAAAGGAUCAAGAAUAUUUUGGCAGACGUGCCGAGCCCUGUAGGGGAGGUACAUCGGAAACAAUUGGAUAGACAGAUACAGAAGCUACUUAUUUGA